AUGCAAUAAUAUGAGAAGGAUUUCGAAGGUGAUCUAUCUUUCAGAAAAAUAAUCAACAUGCCCACCAAAUUAACUAAACAACAAAUAUACUCGUGCAAUCCAAUGUAUUAUUUUAUACUUAAUCUAAUAGGACAAUCGAGUAAAAUUAUUUGAUUGAUACAGAUAUUAAAUUAAACAAUGUUAUCACGACUAUAAACACCUUAAAUAUUAAUCCUGAUUCUCCAAAAACCAAAAAGUCACUUGAAAUUUGCAACCUAUAAUACUACCAACUAUUACAAAAGUAUAUACUUAUUCUUAUUAUCCUACAGAGAACUUGUUGAUUUUAGAAUACAAGGAGAAUUAAUUUAAUUUACAGAGAAAAGAUAUUUGAUUCAUUAGCUUCAAAUUGCAUAAUUAAGAAAAUAAGUUAUUUUGCAAAGAAAUAAAUUAAAAAAUGAGUAAAGAUUAAAUAAAAGAAAAGUACCCCAUAAUCUAGAUUAAAGUGUUAGCAGGUACUAAACUAUCCAAAUUAGGUAGUAUUCAAUUCAGCGAACAUUUAAAAAGUCCGACUGAAAUGAUUGAAAGCUGGAUUGAAACACAUUUUAAUAAAAGCCAAAAAUAUUAAGCAAAGUUAUCAAAAAUAAGAUAAUAGUAGGAGGAACAGGAGAAGAAGGAGGUUGAAUAAUAAGUUGAAUUUGUGUAAUCUUUAAAUUAAAGAACUGAAAAAAAGAGAUAGAAAAGAUUAUUGACUAUUUAACAAAGGAAGGAGAGAGCAAAAGAAUUGAAUUCAAGAAGUAUCGAAAUUCAAAGAAAAGUCAAAUAGACUUAAUCUGAAACUCUAAAGCAGUCUUAAGUCAGAUAAUAAAUAGAUAGAUAAGCAUCUAUAGACUUGUAUUAUAUUUAAUGUAUUUAGAGAUAAGAAGAUUGAUUAAUUGAAACAACAGUUCUCAGAACAACUCCAAUAAUAAUCCUAAAUUUAUCAAGAGAAACAAUAAAAAGCAGUUUAAAUUAAAUAAGAAUGUGACUUAAAUAAAUAGAUAGUUGCAAAAUUAUAAUUAUUAAAAACUGAAAGAAAUAGCGAACCUCAAAGCAAUAAUAAUCAUAAAUAAUCGAAGGUUGAUUUAUGGUCUGUUAGGUUACCUUAAUUAUUGCAUAAGAAGGAAGAAGUAUAAUAAUAAGAAUACAACAAUAAUUUGGUUUAUGUAGUUAAUAAAUUUCGAAGAGUCAGCAUGUAUAAAUCUAUCAAAUCAGCUCAUUCAUAAGAAGAUCUAACAUAAAAAUAAUAAAUGUAAAGAGAAAGAUAUUCUUCAAAAUAAGAAUAUUAUCAACAUAGAGGUGAAUAAGUAUAAGUUAAAUUAAAGAAAAAGGAUGAACAUUUGUAAAGUUUGUAAUUAAAAAAGUAGAAUGAUUUAGAGAACAAAUUUUCAAAAAUUAAAAAUUAAAUUGAAGAAAAUGAAACAAGACAUGAACAUAUUUAAAAACAAUAUUAAGAAAAAUUAAUUUAAUAAUUGAAUAAAGAGAUAAGCAAACAUAAAUAUAACUUAAGUUUAAUAAAAUAAAGAGAUAAAGCAGUUGAAGAUUUAAAGUAUAUCUAAAUUUUAAUUUUAGAUUUCUAAGGCAAUUUGAUAAGAGCAAAUCCUCGUCAUCAUUAACAAAAAUACCAAAAUGA